CCAAACUCCAAAGACUCCAAACCUCAUUGUGAGGUAGCAAAUCGGGCCAUGUGCUACACAUCCAUCCGUGGUCCGUACUCGAUCACUCUUCUAGUACUCGACCAGCUACAAAUACUGACACCAAGGGAGGGUGCAUGUGCCGUACUGCUAGCAAGCAGGCAUGGCGGCUCAACCUGUGCUGCCACUGCUCUUAUCUACCCAAGCACUGUUGCUCUAUCUCUUGCUCAUCCCUCUGCUGAUCCUCCUCCGGGCAACGAGCAGGAGAUCGGCCGGCGAGCGAGCUGCAGUGGACAACCAUGGGGGCCGUCCCCUCCCUUCGCCUCCCAACAAGCUCCCUCUCAUCGGCCACCUGCACAUGGUCGGCUCCGACCCCCACGUCUCCCUCGCCGCCCUCGCCGCUAAGCACGGCGACGGCGGUCUCAUGCUCCUCCGCCUCGGCCAGACGCGCGCCCUCGUCGUCUCCUCCCCGCGCGCCGCCGAGGCGGUCCUGCGCACGCAGGACCACGUCUUCGCCUCGCGGCCGACGAACGCGGUCGUCGACGCCCUCCUCGACGGCGGCGCUGACAUCGCCUUCGUCCCCUACGGCGAGUUCUGGCGGCAGGCGAGGAGGCUGGUCACCACGCACCUGCUCAGCGCCAGGAAGGUGCACUCCCUCCGCCGCGGCCGCGAGGAGGAAGCGCGCCUGGUGAUGGCCAAGAUCCAGGGCGCGGCGGCCGCCGGCGCCACCGUGGACAUGACGAGGCUGCUCGGCGCCUUCACCAACGACAUAGUGUGCCGCGCCGUGUCCGGGAAGUUCUUCCGGGAGGAAGGCCGGAACGAGCUGUUCAGGGAGGUCAUCGACGGGAACGUGGCCGCGUUUGGCGGGUUCAACCUGCUGGACUACUACCCGGGCCUGGCCAAGGUGAGCAUGCUCAGGCGACUGGUGUUUGCCAAGACCAACCGGUUGAAGAGGAAAUGGGACGACCUGCUCGAUAAGAUCAUCGUCGAUCAUGUCAGCCAAAAAGCAUCGCCACGGGAGCAGCACCGCGACCGCGAUCAGCAAGAAGAUGAAGAAGAGACAGACUUCGUCGAUGUGCUCCUCGGUCUUCAGGAGGAGUACAAUCUCACCACAGAGCAUAUAAAGGCCAUAUUGAUGGACAUGUUUGUGGCAGGCACAGAUACUUCAUACAUAGUUCUCGAGUGCGCCAUGGCUGAGCUCAUGCGAAAGCCGAACCUCAUGACCAAACUUCAAGCUGAGGUGGGGGAGAAGACACCCAAGGGCCAACAAAUGGUGACCGAGGACGACUUGGGCAGCAUGGCCUACCUGAAGGCCGUCGUGAAGGAGACGCUCCGGCUACACACACCGGUGCCGCUCCUCCUCCCGCACCUCUCCAUGGCCGAAUGCAACAUCGACGGUUAUACAGUUCCCGCUGAAACCCGUGUCGUCGUAAACGCUUGGGCUCUUGGUAGAGACCAUGGAUCGUGGGAGGCUGCCGGCGAGUUCAUGCCGGAGAGGUUUGGCGACAUCGUGUCCCCCGACUUCAAAGGGAGGGAUUUCCAGUUUCUUCCGUUUGGAGCUGGACGAAGGAUGUGCCCCGGGAUAAAUUUCGCGAUGGCUACUGUGGAGAUCAUGCUCGCUAACCUUGUCUAUUGUUAUGAUUGGGAGCUUCCGGGUGGAAUGCGGCAAGAGGACCUCGAUAUGACAGAUGUGUUUGGCAUGACGAUGCGCCGGAAGGAGAAGUUGUUUCUUGUCCCGAUAUCGAGGAAUGUUAAUCGUGCAUAAUAUUUGGCACAAAUUUUGUGCAUGGUAAGGCUAGAUGGUGUAUUUGUAUGUAUGGUUUUCCAGCUUUAUCGAAAAAUACUUUCGCCCCGUUUUA